AUCUUCAUUGAAAUCAUCAUUCGGUGUGUAGGAACGCAACAACCAUGUACUCUGCUCUGCUCCUUACUGUCGCGCUGGCGAGUGCCGCGGCGUGGGAGACUGUCCCAAGUCCUGAGCAGUAUGUGGAGGCGCCAGACUUCUACCAGUAUCUACAUGCGCCGAGCCAUCACAGGCAAACUAGACAGCUACAUGGAAGCACUUUCUUCAAUUCGGAUAAGACUUCUGGUUUCAACGCAAGACUACCGUUCGCGUCAACCAACAAUAAUGUGUUCAGUGCCAUUGGAGGAGCCAACUUCGAUGCCAACAGGCAUCUGUCAUCCGCAACGUAUGGUCUGGCUUUGGAUAAUAAGGCCGGACACGGACUCUCGCUAACCAACACACGUAUCCCUAACUUCGGCAACAGGAUCACAGCUGCCGGUCACGCGAAUCUGUUCCACAAUCAGAACCAUGACCUGACUGCUAACGCCUUUCUCUCGAGAAACAUGCCUACCAUCCCACAAGUGCCUAACUUCAAUACUGUUGGUGGUGGUGUUGAUUAUAUGUUUAAGAACAAAGUUGGUGGAUCUUUGGGAGUAGCUCACACACCAUUCUUGCAAAGAACGGACUACUCAGCCAAUGGGAUAGUCAACUUGUUCAGAAACAAAGACACGUCUCUGGACUUCAACGCUGGUUUAAGCAAGUCUGUAUCACCCUUCAUGUCAAACUCAAAAUGGGAGCCUUCUACUGGAUUUACUUUGAGGAAGUUCUUUUAAACAUACUCUUUUUCUUCAUUGGAUAGCAAACGGUUGUUAUAUCAGUGUCUUUAUGCGAUUUUCAGGCUUAUGCUUUUGUAAUAUAGUUGGGAAUCUGUUAAACAAAUUCAUUACUUGCAUUUACUUUGAGGAAUUUCUUUUAAACAUACUCUUUUUUUCUUCAUUGGAUAGCAAACGGUUGCUAAAUCAGUCUCUUUAUUCAAUUUUCAAGCGUAUGCUUUUGUAAUACAGUUGGGAAUCCCAUAAAGAAAUUGAUGACUUAGAGUUCACAUUUGAUCGUCUUCUCUCAAUGAGUCUAUUCUAUUCUGUGGUCGAAUUCUGUUCUUCCAAAUUUAAAUUCAUCCUUUCUCAUUACAUGCCAAAUGAUUUCAUUCUUUAUUUUAAUCACCGUACAGUUGAAAUUGAUUUGCACGACCAGCAGUCUCGAUUUUGUAUAAACGAAAGUUAUUAUUGAAAUAUCAACCAUAUUCUUAUUAAGAUUUAAGAUUCUUUUCAGUUUAAUGCAUUUUAUAGUUCAUAGUUUUGUAUAUUGUAUUGUAAAAAUUGAAGUAUUAUUGCCAAAUAUUAUUAUUAGGAGCGUUGUAUUCUAUUGCAUUUAAAUUUAAAUAACGCUUGUAAGUAAAUAUUAUUAAGAAAUAAAUAUUGGUUUAUUGUAA